GCUGAAGUCAUCAAAAUGUCCUUUCGAUUGCGGGGUCAUUGAAUUUGCCACACAAACCGCACGCACAUCAACAAUAUGAUAAACAGUGCCGAGCUCCUGUCCAGCAUCCCGUCGCUGGGAGGCAAAGAACCGUCCAAUCCGCAGCAGCACCAGCACAAGGAAGUGGUGGCACGGUGGCGCGUUCCUCUGUACGGAAAGGUGUACGAGAUCGAGUUCGAACACGGCACGGCCAGCGGCAAGCGCGUGCUGUGGAUCGACAAUCGAAGUAUUUUCCGGCGCGAAUGGAUGUUCAAGCUGGUCGGCGAGGAUAUGUUCAAGCUGGAGGACAAACGGUGCAUCAUCCGAGUCGAUCCGCUGCCCGGUUUCCGCUACAGUUACUCGCUGUUCGUGGACGGAAAAUCGUACGAACAGUUCACCGAAUGCCAAGCAAAAGCACUGAAAACCUGGGAGACGAAGCUGGGCGAUAAUUUCUACCGCAUCGUGCUAGAACACAAUACACUCAACAUCUACGUCAACGGCAAGCUGAUCGAAGAGAACGGCGAGUUCGUUGAUGGCGGCACCGAUACGACGUUUGUCGAGGACAACAAUACUUUCGUCCUGAGCGCCCGAACUAGCGGCAAUAAACGCGACGGGAUCGUCCACAAGCUCACAGUGAAUGGGACAGAAAUUUUCGAUCAGGGACGUUAGUUCUCUCGAGUAAGUUAAGGUAACUCCAAAUACGAUUCGAAUACAUACGGUUGUUGUCGGCGGCCUGUUUUCGGAUUUUCUUUGGAGAGAGCGUUGCCGGCUUCUGUGGGUAUGAAACACGAAAGGAAGAGUUUGAUUUUAUUAUUUUUUAUUUGAAAUAAUUUCAAUUUUCAGCAACUCUGUCCGGUUCUCAUUUCCCCCUGUAUUGUUUAUGCCUUUCGUCCCUCUUUCUCAGUGUAUUUCCAAGAGUUGCCGUACCGUACCAACGUGCUGUUUCUUCAUUUAUAAUUUAAUCGUAGCUUCAGCACUUUGCUAUUGUAACGAACAAGGAAAAGAAUCUCUCUCUAAGCGCACGAGGAACGACGGGGCGGCAGAUGUAUUAUAAUGAAAUAAAAUAAUGUAUAAACCGUCACAAGAAGGCAAUAAAUGUAAUGAUAUAAAAACGGACAGUGAUAAAGUGCUGCGUUAGUGUAAACCGUAAAAGCUAAAAUACUUGUUACUGGAAUACUUCUCCUUAAGAAAUCCUGGAAUCCUGUCACGCACGGAAAACACAACUAAAGAAAUCCGUUUCUAUCGAAAAAAGAGUUUCACCAAAUGCGCCAUGU